AGGAAAUGAAAGUGAUGCAAAUCUGAAGUGAAGCUGCCCGUGUCAGUAGCCAGCAUUGCAGGUGAAACUAAUCAAGAAAAACAAGCAAGUGGCAAACUGUGUUCAGGGAAGGAAGUAGUCUGGAUGGGUCUGGUGCUGUUUUGUGCUUUAUCACUUGCAACAAGAACAAGAGGUCAUGUUUUGUCAGUGUUAUCUUUCUGCAGGCUUCUCCUCCUGACAGAUGUAAAAUUCACUUUUCUCCCAACAGGUACUGCACCAAGCAUGGAGAAUGACCAGUUCACCGAGAAGCAGCAGCAGGUUACCACCUCACCUACGCAGGACAACCAGGGGCAAAGCAAGGAGGAACCUGUCCCCGUCUCACAGCCCCUUUCCCCCACAAACCAAACCAGUGCCCAGCCUGAGAUGGCCACGUGUGACAUCUCAGAGGAGCUGAACCGGCAACUGGAGGACAUUAUUAAAACAUAUGGGUCUGCAGCGAGUCUGGUAGAGAAGGAAGGCACUACAGCAGAAACUGACAAGCCAGAGAAGGAAGAUGUGGGCAGUAUGGAGGAUGCAGAGUGUGAGGAUGUAAAUGAAGAAAGUGAGAAAGACAAACCAGCUCCUGGAGAUGCUUCAAGAGCAAAGGAGCCCAGUGCCAGCAAGGAACAAAAGCUGGAGAAGAAAAUCCUGAAAGGACUAGGGAAGGAAGCCACCCUCCUCAUGCAAAGCUUGAACAAGCUGACUACUCCAGAGGAGAAGCUGGACCUGUUAUUUAAGAAGUAUGCUGAGUUGCUUGAGGAGCAUCGUGCUGAGCAGAAGCAGCUCAAGUACCUGCAGAAGAGGCAGGCCCAGAUCACCAAGGAGAAGGACCAGUUGCAGAGUGAGCACAGCCGAGCCAUCCUUGCUCGCAGCAAGCUUGAGAGCCUGUGCCGGGAGCUCCAGAGGCACAACAAAACCCUCAAGGAGGAAACAAUUCAGCGGGCACGGGAGGAAGAUGAGAAGAGGAAAGAAAUAACAAAUCAUUUCCAGGGCACGCUGAGUGAAAUCCAGGCUCAGAUUGAGCAGCAAAGUGAGAGGAACAUGAAGCUCUGCCAGGAGAACACAGAGCUGGCAGAGAAGCUGAAAAGCAUUAUUGACCAGUAUGAGCUGCGGGAAGAGCACCUUGACAAAAUAUUUAAGCACAGAGAACUUCAACAGAAAUUGGUGGAUGCCAAGUUGGAGCAGUCUCAGGAAAUGAUGAAGGAAGCAGAGGAGCGACAUCAGAAGGAAAAGGAAUAUCUCCUGAAUCAAGCCGCAGAAUGGAAGCUACAGGCCAAAAUGUUAAAGGAACAGGAGACAGUCCUGCAGGCACAGAUCACUCUCUACUCUGAGAGAUUUGAAGAAUUUCAGAAAACAUUGACCAAAAGCAAUGAAGUGUUUGCUACCUUCAAACAGGAGAUGGAGAAAAUGACAAAGAAAAUGAAGAAGUUGGAAAAGGAUACUGCUACAUGGAAAUCCAGGUUUGAGAACUGUAACAGAGCAUUACUGGACAUGAUUGAAGAGAAAGCCAUGAGGACCAAGGAAUACGAGUGCUUUGUGCUGAAAAUCCAGAGGCUAGAGAACCUUUGCCGAGCUCUGCAGGAAGAGAGGAAUGAAUUGUACAGAAAAAUAAAACAAGCACAGCUCCCUGAAGAGGUGAAUGGAAAUGACAUCUUAGAAGAAGACGACGAUGCCAAUACAAACCCUUCCUCUUCCGAGCAGGCAAGCAUUGAGCUAUGUGCUGCUGACAAGAACAUGCUGCAGGAGCUAGCUGAAGCUUUCAGGGUAUCCCACAAAGCAGAGGAGACCCUCCCAAGCGACGGCAGCAAUCCAGAGACAUGCAAUGUUCAAAUGUGCGAAGCCAUCUCUGUGCCAGAACUCCCCUCUCAUCUCACCUCACAGCCAGAGGCUGGGAACCACUGUGAGCAGUUCAGCAUGAGCACAUCAGCACCCCCUGAACACAUGCCAGCAGCCACUGAAAAUAUGACAACGCUCAUUGAGAACAUGCCAAAGCCCACCAAAAGCAUGCCCAUGCCCCCAGAAAUGGUGCCAACACCCACAGAAAGUGUGCCAAUACCUACAGAAGGUGUGCCAACACCUCCCAAAAUCAUGCCAGCAACCCCUGAAAGUGUGCCAACACUCAUGCAAAACACAUCUGCUCCCCUUGGAAAUAUGCCAGCAUCCACCAAAAGCACACCAAAAGCUGUAGAACAUGUGGAUGACAUAGCAGAGCUGUUUAUCCCUGAUCAGCCUGCAGAGCAAAAAGGGGAUACAGAUAUGGAAGCAGUAGAUUGAAGACAAAGAAGAGUUCAGGCUCAUAUUAGACAAACCGCAGCUCUACUUUGUUCCUCAGAUUUGUUCGUUUAAAGAAAAAAAGUGAGUGCUAAAACACAAUCAUACCUACCUGUAGACAAACAUAACCCACUUCUCUGAUACCACUCUCCAGUUUUGCUCAGCCUGCACGUUUUUCUGUCCUUCAUCUGAUUAAAGCAUAAUAUUUUCUUAAUGAUAGGAAAAUUCAACAAAAUUACAGUAUCUUUUUUCCCAGUCAUGAGUCACCUCCUUCCACAAAAUAAUUUUGAAAUGCUGAAGUUACAUGUUUCAAAAGUCAAUGCUAUUUUCAUAUUUCAUACAUAUACUUAAAGUCUCAUAAUUAAUUAUUUCUAUCUGAUAUGUUGCAUAAAAGAUGGCCUACUUGGAAAUGCAGAGAUCUCAAUAAAUGAGGAGAAAGGAAGCUGUGAUUAUACAGUAAAAUAGUGAAAUCAUCAGUGUGGUCAGCCAUACCCAAAGUGAGCUGUAAUAACAAAAGGUGAUUUUUUUCUUUUAAGAGUAAACUACCAUUGAGCACUAUGUGGACUGAAUACCCACCAACUUUUAGCCUUACCCUGAAUUUGUCUUUUCUGGUUUGUACUUGACAAGAGGUUUUGUUGUCGACAGAACAAUGGAAGAAGGGAGAUCUUUUCUAGAUUCCUCAUAAAAUGACUGAAAAGAACACUAACUUCUAAGCUGAUGGUAAUUCCCAAGGUAGGGAUCGCAAACUUCCUUCUGCAUCUAAAAUAAACCUGAUAGUUUGUCAUACCAUUUGGGAUCAUGGUACCAACAGAGACGCUCCUGACUGCUGCCAGCCCGCAAAUGAGCUCAGAAGCCUGGAAGUUCAGAAGCUGGGUACAGAUUCCAGCACUUAAGCCAGGGGCAAAAGGCAGAGACUACACCAGGAGAUAUCCCUGUGAUGAUGUUUCAGGAUGGUGUGAUCCCUUCCAGUCACAGCCACAUGAACCUCUGUUCACUGAAGGUUCCUUCUGACACCGUUGUACAUGCUGAUGCAACCAGGAGAAAGGCAAGCACACUUAUCUGUCACCCUGUUCAAGUCAGUAGCCCAGAAGCAAAUAUGUACCAGGAAAGCAGGAAUCUUUGAUCAUUCCGGGGGCCUCUUUUUAUUUCCACUUUUUUUCUCUUCUAACCAGCUCUUCCUAUCUGCUUGUCAACACAUCAUUGCCUAGUAAUUUCUCCCCCAUGUUGGAAUUGCCAAGCCAGAAGUUCUGAUUUUGACACCAAGAACAAGGAUGAGGAAGGAAGCAGGUAAGGAUGUAGCUACCAAGACAACUGGCUGGUCUCAAAAGCAAGGAGAGUAAGAAGGCCCUAGGGAAGAACACUGAAACAAAAAUCCUGUUGGCACAUUUCCUGUUUUUCAUCUCCCUCCUCUGAAUGCAAUCUAGGUCUUUUGGAUUGUGAUCUGAAUAGCUUAAGAAUCCGAAAAGGGCAGUAGCGUGAGAUAUCCAGAUGCUGGAAAGCUAAAUAUUACAAUCAAACAAACCCACAGCUAGAGACAAAUCACAAGCAGCCCCUGAGCAGAAUCUGAUCAUUUAAGCCAAAAUUGAAAUACAGUUGAAUUAAGAGAAAAAAUGCUACCUUUGGCAGAAUGUGGGAGACUGCGGUCACACAUUCUUUCCUGCACGUCACCCUCCAGAAGUGAGGUUUGAAUCUUUGCUUUCUUCUAGCAUGUCAGCAACCUGGCUGAGUACAUCUGCAUCUGCACUGCUCAUUCAGCCUUUGAGAGCUAACUCGAAUAUACAGAGCACAAUUUGCAAACGUUGGUUGUUCUAAUACAGACUAACAAGUAGCUAUUAGAGCUACAGCUUCCAAAUGUAGAUGCCUUAUAUUAGGCUGACAGGAGUUAUUUCAUGCCUUUAAUCACCUGAAAGUGGAUCAUUUAAGUCUUAAGCUCCUUUUAUAAGUAAUGGAGAUAAUAGGCGUUUCUUGAGGACAAGUCAUCCCCUGUUAAAACAGAUAUCCAAGACUGAAGAAAAUGUCUUUCUCUUCACUGAUUCUAGAAUCAGCCCAAGAAAACCAUCUUAAAUUUAAAAUGAUAAAUAUUAGGUGUCUAAAUUAGUUAGGUAAGAAGGAUCCCACCACACAUUCAGAAUCAAGGUCCUAAGCAAAUCAACCAAGACACUUUGAAAACCAAGACACUUAUGUGUCUGUGAAAAUGUUAGCUUAUGACAAAAUUUUAUCCUAAGGAAACAAGCUGUAUUCACUUGAUUUACUUUUAGUUCCUAUUGCCUUGAGUCUGUAGAAAUCUGGUUUCCAUUACAAUCUCUGUUUGGUUUUUUUUUUUUUGUUUUGUUUUGUUUUUAAGAGUGGUUUUAAAACUAAUGUAAUUUAUAUAGCUUUUCUUCUCCUCUUUCUUGAUCUCAUUUGAUUCUGUUGUCAGUUUUGGAAUUUCCUGCAUGUAACCAACCCUUAUUUUUUUAAAGUAGGCCUUCAGAAUACCUUUAAUUGUUGUAGUUGUCUCAUACAGUCAAAUAUUCAAUUACAUAACGAUAAUGAUUGA